AGCGUGGCCUCAGAUCUCGCGGGAGUGACUCUGGGUUUCUAGGCUGAAGCUCCGGAGCGCGAGCGCAGGUUCCCGAGGCGGGUGAUUCUACUAUCGGCUCCUCCCUACAGGGAACACAUUCCAGAUUUUUUUGGAAUUCAUCGAUUUUUCUGUCAAUCAGCAUAUGACAUAGAGGGGCUUGGAGCUAUAUAUUGAAGACAAUGUCUGGAAGUUUCUACUUUGUAAUUGUUGGUCACCAUGAUAAUCCAGUUUUUGAAAUGGAAUUUUUGCCACCCGGGAAAGCAGAAUCCAAAGAUGAUCACCGUCAUCUGAACCAGUUUAUAGCUCAUGCUGCUCUUGACCUUGUGGAUGAAAAUAUGUGGCUUUCUAACAACAUGUACUUAAAAACUGUGGACAAAUUUAAUGAGUGGUUUGUAUCAGCAUUUGUCACAGCAGGGCAUAUGAGAUUUAUUAUGCUUCAUGAUGUGAGACAAGAAGAUGGAAUAAAGAACUUCUUUACUGAUGUCUAUGAUUUGUAUAUAAAGUUUGCGAUGAAUCCAUUUUACGAACCCAAUUCUCCUAUUCGAUCAAGUGCAUUUGACAGAAAAGUUCAGUUUCUUGGGAAGAAACACCUUUUAAGCUAAAUGGAGAAAAACUUUGAAAUAAACUGUAUCAUUGUAGGAUAUACUCAGGAAUGUGUGUUCUGUAAGUUAUCUGAAAUAACCUGGAAAACAUGUCCCUUAAAAUUUGUUUUCAUGUUGAUUAUCCACAUUAAUAUUUGCUUGUGAACCAUGAUAUUUACAAACAGCUCCUUACAAGUAAUUUUGAACAUUUUUAUUUAAAAGCUUGAGAAAACUUUUGUCUUUCCUAAUAUAACUUUAAUUUAUUAAUUCAAAAGCAUAUGUCGUAGUUAAUAUUUGUUAGAUUGAUUUAAGACUGAAAAGUUCUGGAGAUAUGAAUGAAAUGUGUUAUUUAUACAUUUAAGAGCUGUUCUUUUAAAAUGCAUAAUACACUGCAGGACCAAGAAGCUGAAGCAGAAAGCCCAUGCCAGGUGUUACAUGCUUGCCUACCUCUGCCAGAGGCUAAGACUAUCACACUGCUGUAACUAAACCCCUAGCCCUAUGUAUGGAUGCUCGACCAGUUACAGGCCAUGGCAAAAUAUGCUGCCUCUUAGAAUCUAGUGUUUCCUUUCUCUUAGUAAACUGAUGGUUUAUUUAAACUUAUUAAUAUCUGUACUUGAAAAAAUGUUAUAAUACGGAUUUGGUAUUACUAAUAAAAGCCUGGGUUACACUGACAUUUGCACUUAACCUUUUUAGGCUAUAUACAGGUGGCAGAUGUGGCCUCUUGUAUUAGAAAUGUUGGUUUGAUUUCACAGUAGUCAUAUGCAUAGAAAAGCAAGACAGAUUCUCAUGUACACACUGGAAAACCUUUUUCCAUUCUAUCUUUUGAGUAAGCACUUCUAAACUUUCUUGUAUUCUUUGGUGAAGUUGUUAUCACUCUUUUUUUAUUACUUAAAUAAAGAUUUAUAUCCAAGAAUGGGGUAAUUCAGUGCCUACUUUAAAAUACAGACCAAUACCAAUACUUUUUAAAUCCCAUUUCACUUCUGAGGUCUGAAAACUAAUAUGGUACAUGUUGAUCACAGAUCACCUCUUACUAUCUGACAAAGGCACUCAGGUAAAAUUCUAGGACUUGAGGCUGGAGAGAUGUUACUCAGCAGUUAAGAAUGUUUUUGUUCUUGCAGAUGACCCAAGUUGGUUUCACAGCACCUAAGGGGAGUGCCUCUAGAGGGAUCCAAUGCCUCUGACCUUGAGCACCUGCAUUUACAGGCACAUACCAACACACACACACACACACACACACACACACACACACACACUAUUAAAAACCAUAAAUCUUUUUUUAAAAGAAUCUGGUACUUUGAAAAAUGCUAACAGGCAAGAUCCAAACUUGUCUCACCCACAAUGAGUAUGUAACUCACACCUAGGGAGGAGCUACAAUUCCUAACCAGUAGCAGCAUCAUAUUACAGCAUGAAGUCAGGUAAGACUUGGGUUCUAGCACUGGAGAACAAGAGGUACCUUGCAAAUAGCCUUCCUUUUCUUCAGGCUUUUGAGGGCAAUAUGGAAACUAGGACCAUUCACCUCGUAAGUAUAUUGCAACAGUUAAGUACUAAUUUUUGUGUGUGCCCUUCAGAAGCUCAAGGGGAACUCCAGCAAUGACUGAGAUCCCAGAGUGUUCAAACAGGAAAGCAGCAUUCCAGGAAUAAAGGCAUGGGAGCCAGAACCUGUGUAAGGGGAAAGCGUUAAGCAAGUUCAUCUGACAAAGUUUGGAGCUGAUAGGUGAUGUCCUACACAGGUAAAAUUUCAUAUUGGCACUAAAUUUACAAUAUACAUUUUUACUCUAAAGGUGAUCCAGAUAAAAAUUACAUAAACCUGGUUGUGUCCUUUCUGUAACUGGACAUUUCUAGGAUACCUUACUCAGCAUCCCUGUUUCUGGUGUAUUUCUAAUAUGUUGCUGGUAUUAAGUCUUUACUCUGUCUCCCCCUGCGGCUUGUUAAAGUUCUAUUUAUUAAUUGAUGUGUGUAUGAAGUUUGGAGGGGGGUGUAUGUGCCAUGUCAUGCAUGUGGUCAGAAGACAAUGUAAAUUGGUACAUUGGUAUUGGUUUCAGGGAUUGACCUUGGAGGUAGUCAGGCAUAUAAGGCCUUUACCCGCUGAGCAAACACAGGGUUUCUGUGCCUUGAAACUCAUGCUGUAGACCAGACUGGCCUUGAACUCAGAGAACUGCUUGUUUCUACAUUAAAGGCAUACUCCACCAUCA